ACAUGGACUUCCUGAGGUCUCUAGGACACCCGGAGGAGAUCUACAACCUGGUCAGGUUCAGGCUGGGCGGCUGUCGGCUCGUGCUGUCCAAGCAGGACCGGGACUCCAUGAGCGACAGCCUGCAGACCUGCUACAAGUAUCUGAACCAGACCGGCAGGAGCUUCGCCGCCGUCAUCAAUUCCCUGGACGGAGAGCUGCGAAAUGCUGUGUGCAUCUUCUAUCUGAUGGUUCGAGCUCUGGACACCGUGGAGGACGACAUGACCCUUAGUCUGGAGACCAAAAUCCCCAUUUUGCAUAAGCUCCACACGUACCUGUACAAGGCGGACUGGAGGUUUACAGAGAGCAAGGCUAAGCAUUGCGUUGUUCUGGAGGACUUUCCCACGAUUUCCCUGGAGUUCAGAAACCUAGCAGCAGUUUACCAGAAGGUGAUUGUUGACAUUUGCCAAAAGAUGGGAGUGGGCAUGGCGGAGUUCUUGGAGAAGCAGGUGGAAUCUCUCCUGGAUUGGGAUAAGUACUGUCAUUAUGCGGGCGGAUUACCGGUGAUCGGUCUGUCCCGCCUGUUUUCUGCCUCAGGACUAGAAGACGCUAUCAUCGGCGAAAAUACAAGACUCUCUGACUCUGUGGGGCUCUUCCUGCAGAAAACAAACAUCGUCCGAGAUUACCUGGAGGACCAGCUGGAAGGAAGAGAGUUCUGGCCCAGAGAGGUGUGGAGCAAAUAUGGCAAAAAUCUGUCUGACUUUGCUAAGCCGGAGAACAUAGUGCCAGCUGUGCAGUGCUUGAAUGAACUGGUGACCAAUACUCUGCAGCACGUGCCCGAUGUCCUGCUUUACUUGUCCUGGCUGAGGAACCAGAGCGUGUUUAACUUCUGCUCCAUCCCACUGGUCAUGUCUUUGGCCACCCUGGCCGCCUUUUAUAACAACCAGCAGGUGUUUAAGGGAGUGGUGAAGAUCCGCAAGGGGCAGACGGUGACGUUAAUGAUGAAUGCCACCAAUAUGAAGGCGGUCAGAUUCUUUAUGUACCAGUAUACUAAUGAGAUCUACCAGAAGAUCCCCCUGACAGACCCUUCUUCCGAAUGCACACAGAACAUGGUCUCCACCAUCAAGAAAUUGAGUCUAUCCCAUGGCCCUGUGGGGUCCCACCACAACUUCUCUCCCAUUUACCGGUCAUGUGUGAUACUUUUAGCCAUCCUCAGCUGGCAGUACCUGAGGACGGUCCAGGCCUCGGAGGAGGUGCACACAGACCAGUGA